ACAAUUUACUUGUGAAUUUGUAUUAGACAAAGCAAAAACCUGUGUGGUUAUUACUAAAAAACACGAAUUGUGAUAAGUGCAUUAACAUUUAAUUUUCGAUAAAUUCGAGUUUUUCUAUUGUGAGUGAAAUGAAUUGGUUUGCAGGAAAUAUAGCCGAAGCGGUUGCUUUGUCAAAGGCAAAAAAUUCCAUUUUCGUCGUUUAUUGUGAAGGUAAUGAUGAGAUGUCGACAGCAUUUUCAAAACUUAUAAAUGACGAGAUAAUACGUAAAAAACUGGAAAGUGAGGACUUUGUUGCCAUUAAAGUACAGAGCGAUAGCGAAGCAUACAUGCAAUUUGCCGCAAUAUAUAAAUUAGUGCCGUUGCCAUCAUUGUUUUUCAUCGGAAAAAAUGGUGCUCCAAUCGAAAUAGUCACCGGUGUCACAAAAACAGUUGAUGAACUAAGUAGCAAAAUUGAUGGUGUAUUAGAUGGAGUUAAACCAAAGCCGGCAAGCAGUGCUGCCGCAUCGGCUGAUCUCAUUGCAAACGAACAAUCAGCAUCGAAUGAAGAUUCCGAAGUGGUGUGUGAGAAUGGCGUUUGUUACAAGCGUCCCAAGCAAAAUGAAACGGAAGUCACCUCUUCUACCGGUGAAACAUCGAGCGAUAGCAGUAAUGGUUCACAAUUGACAAAUGAGGAGAAAUUGGCUCGCGCAAAAGAACUCAUUGAGAGAAAACGUAUUGCAAAAGAAGAAGAAGAUGCGCGCUUGGCCAAAGAGCGUGAAUUGAAUCGUCGACGUAUGGGUCAAGAUUUACAAAAUUUUAAGCAACGUCAAGAGGAAAGCGAAAUGAAAAAAUUACAAGAAGAACGAAAACGCGAUAAAAUUGAAGAGCAAGCUGCACGUAAACGAAUUCUUGAACAAAUUGCACUUGAUAAAGCUGAACGAGCACAACGAUUCAAUGCGAAUGUUAAUCCAACAUCAAAACCAGAAGAAACACCAAGCACAUCCAAUCCCAUACAACCAAUUGCGUCGGACAGUGCGGUUGCUCGUAUUCAAUUUAAAAAACCGGACGGUGAAGUUGAUGUUAAAACAUUCGAAAAAGAUGUACAAUUCUCAGUAGUUCGAUCAUAUGUUGAUGAGAACAUUAUUUCGGCCAGUUCGAUAAGACAAUAUACAAUGGCCACAACAUUUCCACGUCAUGAAUUCAAUGCUGAUGAUAAUACAAAAAGUUUACUAGAGUUAGGUUUGGUACCAUCAUCGGUGAUUCUCAUUUUACCAUUGGAUAAAACUUCGAAUAACAAAUUACCGUUAACAACAACGUAUGGCAUUUUCUCAAUGUUAACAACAAUCUUUUGGGGACUGGUCAAUCCAAUGCUAGCCGCUUUUAGUUAUGCAAAAAAUUUGAUAUUUUCACGCAAUCGCAACGAAACCGGUACUGCAAAACGGGCCAACGAAGAAGAACUCAACCAUAAUGAACAAGCCAAAAAACGUAUUCUUCGAUUUGAUAAACAAUCAACGUCAACGGCAUCAGUUGAUUCAAAACAACAGGGUGGCCCAUACAAAAGAGUCGGCGGCACUGGUUCGAAUAUUCAUCGUUUAAGCGAUACUAAAGAUUCUGAUGAUGAAAAUAACACAUGGAAUGGCAAUUCAACUCAACAGCAAUAAUUUUAUGUUUUUUUUUUUUGUUGUUCAUUCGUUAUGUUAUAUUAUUAUUACUAAAAGUAAAUUAUGCACAAGAAAAUGGUUGAUUGCUCUUUUUUUAAUGUGCAUGUUUUUAAAAAUUGGUUUAAUUUUCUCUGUGUAAAAAAAGUGUAGCCACAAUAACAGCAACAUCCUCCAAAAUAGGUGAUUAAAUUCAAAUUACCUUAAUUAGCUUUCUCACGUGUCUGAUUAAAAAACUAAAUAAAAAGAAAAGAAAAUGCCUGUUGAUCAGAA